AUGGCACAGCUGCUUGUACCUCCAGGUGUAGACAGCUUCCGCCCCUUUACUCGUGAGUCCCUCACAGCCAUCGAGAAACGGAUUGCCGAGGAGAAGGCCAAGAAGCCCAAAGAGGAAAAGAAAAAACGCAACGAUGACAAUGAGCCCAAGCCCAGACGUGACCUCGAGGCGGGCAAAUCGCUCCCUCUCCUGUACGGGGAUGUUCCCAAAGGCAUGGUGUCGACACCGCUGGAAGACCUGGACCCCUUCUACAGGAAUCAGAAAGUAGGUUAUUUCAUGCAGUCCAUGAGCGCUGAUACUGACUUUAAACUAUGCCUGUUGUUCUGACUAACAUUACUGAAGCUGAUUCCUGGUAAGAAAACAGGCCAUCCAAGCACAGCUAAACCUUGCACUAGUAUAAUCAUUAAUAUAUGAAAUGUUACUGGCUCCAUUAAAACUGUAAUGUGUCACGGAUCAUUGGGUUGCAGGACUUUCAGAGUAGUGACUGUCAAUGAAUGAAGUUGAUCCAAUCACGAUUCUGAUUACCCCCCAGCACUCAUGUCAUAACAUGUUUUAUUUAAUAUUGAUUUAAAAUUACAACCCAUAUUUAAAAAGACUGUGGACACUGUGUGGACAGUGAUAUGUCUAUCACUGGGUUGCAUCACCUCUUCUUUUAGCAACACUUUGUUAAAAUGUGGUAACCAAGGAGACCUGUGUCAGGAGUUCUUUUAGUGAAAUGUUUUCAUGUUUGGACUGUGGCUGCUGAACAGUUUGAGUCUCUUUUGUCAUAUUUUUUGUUUCAUAAUGCACCAAAUGUUUUCUUGUUGGGACUGCAAGCAGGCCAGUUCAGCACCUGGACUCUUCUGCUGCAGAGCCAUGCUGUUGUAAUAGUUGACGAAUGUGGUUUGGCAUUGUCACACUUAGAUAUGUCAGGUCUUCCUCUUUGUCGGGUUGUCUGCAGUGAGCUUGGGUCCAGAGAAGCUGCCAGCAAUCCUGGAUCACGUUUACAUACGGUCCCUGCUGUGCAUAGUGCAUUAUAACCUGCAUUAAUGGAUGCUACAGCAAACCAAGUUCACAGACAGUAGCUUUUGGAAAUGAUUUUUAGCCAAUGCAGUGAUUUCCACUGCAGAGUUAUGUAAUAUUUUCUGCCUUUGCACAGAGAUUUCAGUAGAUGAAUUGAGUCUUUUGAUGAUUUUUUGCUCUUUAGUUGAUUAAAUCCCCACAUUCUUUACAAGGAGGAGCAGUUUUCUAAAAAAAAUUUAGCUGUUCGCUCUCACAGUCUCACAGUGUGUUGAGGGUCUUCCCAUCUUUACGAAUGAGAGUUUCAGCCUCCCUGGAAUGGCCUUUUAUACACAGUCAUGUUACUAACCUGCUGCAAAUGGACCUAAUUAGUUUGUUAACAUUAAGAGAUGUUACUCAGAUGAUUUUCUAAGCAUAAGCUCACAUUUGUUUCCCUGUUUUAUGGCCACUAUCCCAACUUUUUUGAAACCUGUUGCUGUUAUUAAAGAUAAAAUGAACAGGUUUUCUUUUUCCAUAAAUGAAUAGAAUACUUAAUUUUUAACACCUGACAUGUUGUUUGGGAUGAAUAUAGCAUUUAAAUGACUUGCAAACCAUUAAAUUAAUUUUUUUUUAUUAUUUCACACAAGCCCAAUUAUUUUUUGGAAUUGGGCCUAUGCUCAUUCCUGACAUUUUGUGAACUUUAACUAACUUUACACUUCAAGUAAAUAGUAAAUAGUUGUUGUUACAUGAUGAUUAUCUGAAAAAGAUCCUCUAUUUAGGUUUUUUUGUCAUGAUAUCAAGUCAUAUGCACUACAUCUAGACUGCACUAGAGGUAAAUUCUAGUGCCAGUCCCUAAACAAAGAUCAUUUUACUGUCUAUAUUCGACCAUGCAUCACAUUUUUGUUAGCUGUACUUAAAUAGAAUAAUAAUGUUUCACUUACAUCCAUCUCUUUCUGUUAGACUUUCAUAGUGUUAAACAGAGGAAACAACAUCUUCCGCUUCAACGCCGCUCCUGCCUUGUACCUGCUGAGCCCUUUCAACCUUGUAAGAAGAAUAUCAAUGAAAAUUUUAGUACACUCAUAUCCUUUUCUAAAUGAGUAAAUCUUAUGAGCAUGCACCCUGUUUACUGUGUGCUAAUGCUUGAUUUGUGUUUACUGUGCUGUAACUAUGACGAGCGAAUGUUUGCAUUGCUGGGAUGAAACUAAUCAUAUUUACAAAGACCUUAGUUACCUUUCAAGAUUAGUGGCUUCCUUGACUACCGCCUGCAGAUUGUUCAGUGUGGUCAUCAUGUGUACUAUUCUUGUCAACUGUGUAUUUAUGACUCUGAGUCAGCAGCCAGUCUGGGCAAAGAAUGUGGAGUGAGUUUCUUCUUCAUUUUCACUUUUUUAUUAUGGGAUGUAUUUAUCACAAAUGUGCAACACUGUGUGCAUUUGUUCAUUGUUUGGUUAAACCACUUUGUUUUGCUUCCUUUAGGUACACAUUUACUGCAGUGUAUACCUUUGAGUCCCUGGUUAAGAUUUUAGCCCGAGGGUUUUGCAUAGGGAAGUUCACAUUUCUUAGAGAUCCCUGGAACUGGCUGGAUUUCAGCGUCAUUGUCAUGGCGUAAGUACCUCUGCCAUUUUCAAUAAUAACAAACAGCUGUUACAUGUGUCACCAAAAGGUUUCUUGCUGUGUAGCUCAUGUUGAAUAUGUUUAAAUUAUUAAAUGAGACAAGGUAAAAGUCUUUUUGUUCAUCCUCCUAUUUCAACAUGUAAGUGUAUGUCACUCAAUCUUUGUCAUUCUUCCCAUUUUUCUUCCAGGUAUGUGACAGAGUUCGUAAACCUGGGCAAUUUUUCAGCUCUUCGUACAUUUCGAGUGCUGAGAGCUUUUAAAGCCAUUUCAGUAAUCCCUGGUAAGCAGUUUCACCGAGUGUAUGGUAGUUUGACUAUUUACACGCUUGGUAAUCAAUAGUCCUCAGGCACAAAAACUAGAUCUAUUGUCCCUCAAUUACAUGAUUUUUGAAAACAUUAGUAAGCAAAGCUAUAUUAAGAUCUAAUCUGUUUACUCGGGCCUUUUUAACAGCCUUUACCUCUGUUUCUUGUAGCAGUAUAUUCAGUCAAACUACUGCUCCUCUCUACUAAAAUGAGACAUAAUGUUGUGCCAUCUUUUUACAGAGUGUUGCAUGGGCAACUACGAUGAGUGCUUGUACAUGGACUAGAGUAUUCUGGUUGUGAGCCUUAUCCUGGUUUUUGUCACAUUUGGGACAGGGCAUGUACAUACGCACACAGAAAUCUGGUUUUUCAUAUUCCUGCAUCCAUGAUAGAUGCGUGUAUUACUCCUAGAUGUAUCUUAUUGCACACGUACCAAUGAUGUUUAUUUAUCGCAAUAAAAUAAUUCGGUUUUUGCCUAUAUGUCACAAGGAUGAGGCUCACAGUCCACUUCAACAUCAUGAAACUUUUGAUGAAGAUUAAAAGGACAACUGCACCAAUUUGACACUUUUAAGUCAGUUAAGCCUAUAAAGCUCAACUGAUGUUGAGUAAAGCCUCCAGAGGUGGAUGGAUAAAAUAAAAUAAAAACAGCACAAGAAAGCAAGUUUAAUUUAAAGAAAAAUCUGUGGUUGUCAGGUAGGGACAAAGUAUGCUAAAUUGAACAAACUACUUUAUAUUUUUAACACCUUUCUUUAAUCUAGUGGCUUUUAUUACUACAUGAUACAUCCAAAUCAAAAUCUGCUUUUAGCUCUUUGGGAGCACAGUUAAUGAGGAAAAAAAAGCUUUUAGUGACUCUAGAGGGAAAUUGAUAAAAUUCAUCGAGUUAACGCUCAGAAUACAAUUUUUAAAAGUGGUUAAAGAUCAUUUAAAAGUAAAAAAUAAAUAAAAGCAUCUAAAUACUUCAAUUAGAAGAAUAUAUAUAUAAUAGAGAAUAAGAAAAUAAAAAAAAAUAUUCAUUCAAGUACUUCAUUUUUUCUUGUAGCUAAGGUGAGUGGUGUGCUUAGCUAACCACCAAAGGCAUGAAUUGGUUAACUUAACACUCUAAUAGAGCUCUCUGUAAGCUGUGUUGCAUUGCUGUUGCAUUGCAGGUGCCAUUUUUAAAAUAAUGAGAAGUAUUGGAAUAAAAAUAAAUGUUUUCCCUCACCUUCAGUUAAAAGGCCCAUUUGGAAACUUAGAAGGACUGCAAUACAAAAUGAAUGAAAUACUUAUUAAAAAAGACACCAGUGGCAUCACUUAGUAUGCCAAAGUAUGCCUGCUUUUAUAUUGGGGUAAUUAAUUCCUACUGUAUCUUGCAGGCCUGAAGACAAUCGUCGGUGCUCUGUUCCAGUCGGUGAAGAAGCUGGCUGAUGUGAUGAUCCUCACUGUCUUUUGUCUGAGUGUCUUUGCCCUCAUAGGGUUACAACUGUUUAUGGGCCAUUUGAAACAAAAGUGUGUAAGGACAAUAUAUAACACUACAUCAAAUGAGACUAAUAUAAAUGGAACAGAUGAGGAGAAGUUCGACUGGCUGAAAUAUGCAACAAAUAGGAGUGAGUAUUUGUAAGGAUCCUAUUUUACUUUGGUUUUGUAUAUUUAGUUGUUUUCGUUAAGGUCCUGUGUGACAAAGAUGAUUAAUGAGGCUUUAUAUAAUUGUAUUGUGCUGUAUGGAUCUACAGGAUUUAUUUCAGGGCCCUUUAUUGGAUGCAUUAUAGUUUAACCUUUUAUAAUCUUAUUGUAUUUAUUAUAAUUCAGCACCUAUCUCUUCUUACAAAUCAGCCCAGAUAAUAAAACUUGUCCUUCUUUCCCAUCAGGUAAUCAUUAUAUCCUUCCAGGCAAACGAGAUCCAUUGCUUUGUGGGAACAGCAGUGAAGCUGGGUAAGCUUGUUACCCCGCUACAAGAUGGUUGUAUAUGUUAUAGAAUAAACUCAAUUCUAACAUGAUACAUCUGUUUUUGUAUCAAGAUGGACGUAGGUAGUUCUCUGUCUGAGCCUCACAAUUUCUCCAUUUGAUGCAGGCAGUGUCCAGAGGGGUACAGUUGCAUCCAAGUGGGAAAAAACCCAGACUAUAAUUACACCAGCUUUGAUUCUUUUGGUUGGGCCUUUCUCUCUCUGUUCAGGCUGAUGACUCAGGAUUACUGGGAAAAUCUUUACCAGCAGGUACGACAUGGAAACCUGUCUGAACAUUUCCACAAACAUGAUGCAUCUUUGCACACUUUCAGUAAACAAGGUUAUUUUUGGAGGUAGUGCUCUGAUUUGUGUUAAUAAUGAAAUGUGUUCCGGUAAAACAACCUACAGACAGAGAAAAGGAGUGAAUUUAUCCAAGGACUAAUAGUUGACAAACAUACUUUUUGAACAUGGAUUACUCUCUUGUUAUGUGUCCUUUUUUGUUGAUCAUUUUAAAGCUCCUGUGAGGAACUUUUGAUUUGUAAUGAUGUUGGCGCUUCCUGUGGAUAAAGCAGUCUCUGCUGAUAUUGUCCCUUAAAUGCUAAGGAAGCCUUUUCUGACCAAAAUUCUCAUCCUGCUGACAUCAGAUGGUCAAGUGUAUCACUUUUUGAAGAUCUUAUGUGGUGAAUAUAAAGAAGGACCUUUUUCUUCAGUGGCUCCACUGGCACCUACCCCCUUUGGGCCAAUUUCAGGAAUUCAAAAUUACAGUAUACAACGUUUCAGUGUUGUUGCUGAUAGUCUUAUUUGCUUUGAUAUACCAUAGAAAGGUAUGCAUUUAAAUUUCAGGCUAUUUCAUAAAUGCCAAAGAGCUCCAUAUAGGAGCUUUAAAGGUGCUCUACAUUGUUGGUUUGUUGGUUAAGCCAGGGGUGUGACACUGAGUAGCCUCUAACUCCAGAAACGUGAUGGUACUUGUGUGUUUAUUGGGUUUUGUUAAAUUCCUUAGUAAAACCAUCUUUAUCAGUAACUGCUUCAUUAGUCCACAAUUUCCUGUGUAGCUCAGAUUUUUUUUCAUAAUAUGACCUUAAAAGUCAUUCUGGGUUUUCCUCAGUGACCCUGUAUGGAGAACAGAUUUGGUUGCUGGUUGAUUGAUGUUGGAGUGUUGCUGCAUUUGCACUCCUUCUGUAAAUACAUAUUCAGGCGGGGAAUGCUGUUCUGAGGCAGAGCUCAUACAAAGAUAGAGCAUUCUCACAUUACAAUAUUGUCAUUAGUGAUGUUCAAACAAACCUCUGAAUGAAGCACAGGUGCAUCUUGGCCAGAAGGAACAAAGAUGAGUCCUACUCAGGUAAACACAGCUUGAAUAGCCCCAGAGGCAAAAAGCUGUCGACUGAAUAGAGCAGGUUAACAUCGUGGUAUCAAUGAGUAAAGCAAACACUAACACUGUAAAGCUCCCACUUCUGUAGGAUAGUAUUACAUGUUCUGGCACUUUGAACAAGCUUGACUAUGCAAUGGUGACUUCAUCAUAUUCUGGUUUUGCUGGCAUGAAUCAUGAUAGUAUAAAUUAUUGUUGUUGUUUUUUUAAUCUUUUCUGUACAUGGCACAAUUUUAAAGUGUUUGUUCCUACCUACAGACGCUGCGGGUAUCUGGAAAGCCCUACAUGAUCUUUUUUGUGCUGGUGAUUUUCCUCGGCUCCUUUUACCUGGUCAACCUGAUCCUGGCUGUAGUGGCGAUGGCCUAUGAGGAGCAGAGCCAGGCCACCUUAAAGGAGGAGGAGGAGAAGGAGAGGGAGUAUCAAGCUAUGAUUGAGCAAUUGAAACGGCAGCAGGAGGAAGCCCAGGUACAGAGUACUACCAAGAUUUAUGUAUAGCUCACUGUUUAACCAUUACUGCAGCAAAUACUUACAUACAAAGACUGAUUCCAAUCAAGCUGAGGAGGAUAUUAGAGUUUUUUGUGGAGGGUUCCUGGAUUUUUAAAUCUGUAAUAUGAAUAUGGUUUCAAACUUUAGCUAAUUACAAGGUCAGUGUUUAUCAACAUGCUGAUGUUAUGAUCAUGGCUCUUUUACAUAGUGUAUUUGUAUGAAUAUCUGGAACAACCAGCAAACCAGUUAUGUAGUACAUGUCCCUACGGCCAUUGUGGAUAAAGAAGACAUGCUCAGAUCACUUACAUAAAUAACAAUUCAAUGAUCAUAAUGUAAAAAGCUCCAUUGGAAAUAACAGUUCUAAUUAGGGAGCAUUAUUUUGUUAUCAUCGGAAGCAGUAUAUUAUCUCAGUAUCUAAAACUUUAAGCACCAAAAGUGAAAGUAUACAUGUCUGAAAACUGUUAUGAGUGUUGCACUUUAAAGAUACCUUUCACUGCAGCUGAGGUACCAUAUUUGGGUUCUCCAGGCAGAGGCGUUUCCAGAGGGGUAGCCAGGGGUGGCACAAGCCCCUUUUAAAAUCUGAUCAGCCAUGCCUGGUGCCACUCCAAACUGUGACUGGCUAUUUGCCUUAAUAGAGGCAGGACUUAGAUCAAAAUCAACUAUUUUGGCUAUGUUGUAAACAGGCUGCAGUGUAGUUACCAUUACUUAAAUAUAGCACAUUUCCUUUUUUGGUACAUUAAGUUGAAACAAUCGUACUUUGCACAUCUAUCUCAUAAGAUGCAUACACAGGGGAACAUUGUAAAGAAACCCCUGCACUGUAUGUCAAAAAUGCAUUUAACUGUAAUUAUUACAAAUCAGUGAGGUAAAUUUGUCUGUUCUGUGAAGAGAAUGCAAAUAUUAAAUUGUGAAUUGAAGCUACUUAAAUUAAAAAAAUAGUAAAUUAGUUCUCCAUUGACUGAAAUACUUCUCGGACAUAAAAUCAGCAAAACAAUACAACGAUCUCUGUGAUUUAUUUCACCUCUGCCAUUUUUACUCAUCUAGGCAGCAGCGUCUGCAGCAGCUGCAGAAGGUGAGGGGAUCGAUGACAAAGGCAGAGGCACUGAGAGCUCAUCUGGCACCUCCAAGCUCAGCUCCAAAAGUGCCAAAGAGAGACGCAACAGGCGGAAGAAAAGGAAAGAAGAGGAGGGCAAAGGCACAGAUGAGAAACUCCCCAAAUCAGAGUCCCAGGACAGUAUAAAGAAAGCUCGCUGCCGCUUCUCUGUGGAUGCCAACCCGCUCAACUAUGACAUGAAAUGGUCAACUGCCCAUCAGGUUCAGUACAGUCUGUCAAGACUGAUUCAAAUAAAAAACCUAAACAUCCACACUUUGUUUUCAGUUCCCAUGAGAAUACAGUGGCAUAACACCCACUGUAUGUUUUAUACUUAUCAGAGGGGAACCAAAACUGAAAAAUCACUGCCCCUAAACUUUUUGUUGAAUUGUGUAUCACAGUGUGUUGCAAUGUUUUAUAAAGGUUAAGAGGAGCUACUGGCUAUUCUCAAUUAAUGUGGAGGAGUCAGGCUGAGUAAUAGCAGAGAAUCAAAUGGAUCAGAGAGGGAUAAAAACAUUAAUCUAUUGGAAUUACAGAGAGCUUGAGAUAACAUCAAUGGCCUGGUGGUGUUUUGUAAGACUGUAUGUGUGUUUCACUGGUUAGCAGAAACAGUCGCCAACUACCAUGAGUGAAUGAGUGGUUAAGAUAUGUUGUGAUCGCUCUCAUGUCAUGGUCAGGCAGUAAAAUGCAAAGCUUGAAUGUCAUCACCAUCAUCAUCAUCACCAUCAUCAUCUUGUUCAUCAUCUUCAUCAUCACCAUUCCCACCAUCAUCAUCACUAUCAUCAUCAAUAUCACCAUCUUAUCAUCACAUCCCCAUCAUCAUCAUCAUCAUCAUCAUCAUCGUCAUCAUCAUCAUCAUUAUCACUAUCAUCAUAAUUAUCAUCUUCAUUAUCACCAUCACUGUUGUCAGCAUCUUAAUAAUUACCAACCCCCAUCAUCAUUAUCAUUAUCUUCAUCUUCAUCAUCAUCAUCACCAUCCCUAUGAUCAUUAUCAUGAUCAUCAUCACAUCCCCAUCAUCAUCAUCACCAUGAUUGUAAUCAUGAUGACCAUCAUUAUCAUGAUUAUCAUCACAUCCCCAUCAUCAUCAUCACCAUGAUUGUAAUCAUGAUCACCAUCAUUAUCAUGAUCAUCAUCACCAUCAUCAUCAUCAUCAUCAUCAUCAUCAUCAUCUUUUUUAUCAUUAUUAUCAUCUUCAUUAUCACCAUCACUGUUGUCAGCAUCUUCACCAUUACCAUCCCCCAUCAUCAUCAUUAUCAUCAUCACAUCAUCAUCAUCAAGAUUAUAAUCAUCAUCAUUAUCCCUAUCAUCAUUAUCAUGAUCAUUAUCACUAUCAUCAUCUUUAUCAUCAUCAUCAUCAUCAUCAUCAUCAUCAUCAUCAUCAUCAUCAUCAUUUAUACCAUUAUUACCAUCAUUAUCAUUAUAUUCAUUAACAGUAACUUGACCAUCCUCAUCACUUAUCAUCAUCAUCAUCAUCAUCAUCAUCGUCAUCAUCAUCAUCAUCUUCAGUGUGAUUAUCAUUCUUUUAUCAGCUCUUUGUUGUCAACAUUCUGGCAUCGAUAUGAUAGUCAUUAUCUUCAUCGAUAAGAAGAACCUCAUUAUUUUCUUUUUCCUCUAUUGUUACUGUAAGCUAUAUAUUUAAAUCAUCAGCAUAUUUUUCAGUAUCACUUGAUAACCUUUCUUUAUCUCCUGAAAUUAUAUAUGCCAUCAUAUCCAACACCAUAGCCCUUUUUUUCUUGUCCAUCAUGGUUCUUCUCAUCCUUGCAUCCACCUUUUCUUUACAGAUCCCCUGGAAUACGGAGCAGCAACUUUAUGGCCAUAAUCAUUAUCAUAAUCAUUAUAGUGUCACAAUGCCACAUUUUUUUCUUCCCACCACAAAAAGACUUUUAUUUCCAUUCAUAAAUGACAACUGUUAUCAUCUCUACUUCUUUUCAUAACAUCUGUGAGGUUUUCACUGAAGAAGUUCUUUCUUUCUCAGUCCUUUCUGAGUUUUCGUGGGCCCCUGUUUUCACCCAGACGGAACAGCAGAACCAGCAAUUUCAGUUUCCGAAGCCAGGCGCAGGACAUGGGCUCAGAAAAUGAAUUUGCAGAUGAUGAGAACAGCAUUUUUGAAGACAACCUGAGUCGGAGAGGCUCUUUCUUUUUUCCCAACCGUUGCCGGGAGCAACGUGGCAGCAGUGUGAGCCAGGGCAGCCACUUUUCCCAGCUCUUACUUCAACCCAAUGGAAUCAAACACAGCUCAGUAGACCGUAAUGGGGUUGUGUCUCUGGUGGGAUGGAAUUCACUCCCAUCUUCACCUGUGGGGCUCCUUCUGCCCAAAGUGACGGUAGAUAUGGCCUCCACUAGAGACAAUGUAAGAAAAGGGUGCCCAGUACAGACCGCCCCUUUUAUUUGCCUUUAGCUUUUUUCUUUUUUCUUCAUCUUAGUUUUCCACUGGCUGUGUUUCUUAUGUUGAAAUUUGAAGACCAUAUCAGUGAUUCAUUAUAAUUUGAAUUAUGUUAUAAACUUUUCCAUAUUAAUCUGUAAGCAUGUUUUUGCCUGACAAUGACUGAUUAACUCAGUACAGCCUUUAGAUUGCACGAUUGUGCAAAACUAUUUUUCAGCUAAGAUUUAUUUGACUUCAUAUUUGUUUUGUUUUGCUUUGUGACCGUGUAUUUCCAAGCACGUCCUCAUGCUACCAUGCAUUUAUACAUCACAAAGUUGCAGAUCACAAGCAUGUUUUUGCUUUGAUGACUUUAUUAGACUCUAAGAACAUUCAUUUGCAAACACUGUGAAUGAUAUUCUGAUUUAUUUCAUUACUUUCAUGUGCCAAAAUAAUUGUCUCAUGUUGGGUUAAGGCAAUUUCAAAGAGCCAUUUUUCGCUAAAUGCUAAUGUUGCCAUGCUAGCAUAGUGACAAAGGUAAGAUAGCGUCCUUAAAAUAGUCCAAGUUAAGCACAGUUUACAUAAAACAGCUUAGCACUCAAUCACAGGGUUAAUUUACAGAGUGUGGCACGCGUUAGCAGAGCCAGCACCUCAAUCAUGGGUCCUCCUUACAAGUUCAUGUCUGAAUGCUUGUGCUGGUCAUGCAAUGUCUGGUCAAGAAGUCAUAUACCACUUAAGCAUUCCCAUUUUUGGAUCAACAUACUGCCAAUCCAUACUGCACUGCAAGAUGCUAACUGUGACUUCUGCUUGUUUACAGUCAGGUACUGCCACCAACUCAAUCAACACCUGUGCCAGCAUUGAUAGAGAUUAAUGUUUACCAUGUUCACCAUCAUAAAUUAGCAUUUUAGUAAGCCCUACGUCCCAAGAUCCGAUAAUUCCUAAUUAGGUGCUGAUGCAUAUCAGUUUUGAGCAACCACUUGCCACGCUAAAACAAUGCACCAUGCUUGUGAUAUUUCAUGUCUGUUUACAUGCUAACCACUGUCUUCAAGUCUACUGUUCUUUUAGCCAAUGGAGAAAAGAAACUUAAAUGCACAGCAAAUCACAGUUUAGUCAUGAUUUCCUUGUCAGUGUCAGUCAAAUUUGGUGUAUUGAAUCCAUUCUAUGAGUAUAAUAUCCAUCUGGGAUUUAUGUCAGUUCAUCCAAAAGCUGUUGUCAUAUUUUGCAAAAAAAAAGAAAAAAAAAAUGCAGUAAGGUCAGAAGAUUAAAAAACAGAUUAAGCUGACUUCUACCAGAGCGCCAUAGUGGUUACAAUUAUGACGUAGAACUUAAUAGCAGAAUUCUUUGAAGAAUUGAAAUGCAUCUUCCUCGUACACUUGGCUCUCUGCUUUUUUUCAUGUGAAUGUUUUCUUUUACAAUAAUAGAAAUAUGUAGCUGCUACAGUCAUGCUAAUAUGUAACUUACUUACCCCAGCACAGUUGCAUCUGUAACAAUGCUUUCUAUCCUCAGGCUGACACUACCGACACAGAUGGAGGGACAAACCCAGAGUGUGUGGACUUCCUCAAGGGCCCAGAGACCCGGCAGAGAACUCAAAGUGUUGCUAGUGUUAUCACUAGCACAGUGGAGGGUAGGUAUUUUGCACCAUGGCAUACAUAUCAGAUCUUCAUUUAAUGAGUCAUUUAUUGUAAAACCAUACAUCUCACAUAAAUUGUGAUUAUUUGCCGUGUCUCAUGAAUAUCAGAGCUUGAAGAGUCAAGGCAGAAGUGUCCGCCCUGCUGGUAUAGUUUUGCUCACACCUUCCUAAUCUGGAAAUGCUGUCCAGCAUGGCUGAAGAUCAAGAAGGUGAUCCAUCUGAUAGUGAUGGAUCCGUUUGCCGACCUAGCCAUCACUAUCUGCAUUGCUCUCAACACAUUAUUCAUGGCUAUGGAGCAUCAACCAAUGGAUCAAGAUUUCUCCGACAUGCUGACUGUGGGCAAUCAGGUGAGAAGACGGUAGACUACAGAGAAAUUAUAUGGAUAUUUGGACAUAAAAAAAAAUAAUAAUAAAUCUGUUAUUUCUCAUCCAAAUACAGGUUUUUACAGGGAUCUUCACAGCAGAAAUGGUCCUUAAGAUCAUUGCUAUGGACCCGUACUAUUAUUUCCAGGAGGGAUGGAAUAUUUUUGAUGCAAUUAUCGUCAGUUUAAGCAUUAUGGAGCUUUUUCUUGAAAGCGUAGGCGGCAUGUCUGUCCUGAGAUCAUUCAGAUUGGUAAUUCUCAAUACAUGAGUCAUUUUCAACAUGUUCAGUCAUGUUUUAAUUGAAGAAUCAUGUGAAUUAACUUCUUUUUUCAUUAUUAUUAUUUACAGCUGAGAGUUUUCAAGCUGGCUAAAUCCUGGCCCACUCUUAACACUCUUAUCAAAAUUAUCGGUAAUUCAGUUGGAGCUCUGGGCAAUUUGACACUGGUGCUGGCCAUCAUCGUGUUCAUCUUUGCUGUGGUGGGCAUGCAGCUCUUUGGAAAGAACUACAAGGACUGUGUGUGUAAAAUCUCAGUCGAUUGCACGCUACCUCGUUGGCACAUGAGUGACUUCUUCCAUUCAUUCCUCAUUGUGUUCCGAGUGCUUUGUGGAGAGUGGAUAGAGACCAUGUGGGACUGUAUGGAGGUGUCCGGGACUACCAUGUGCAUCAUUGUGUACAUGAUGGUCAUGGUUAUUGGAAACCUUGUGGUACAUUAUCAUGAGUGCAACUUGUUCAACACUUAUGCCUCUUUAUAAAUACAUCUUUUUGUUGAUGCAAUCAUAAACAAAGUCGUGUCUUUAUCUGUCAGGUGCUGAAUCUGUUCCUGGCUCUGCUGCUGAGUUCAUUUAGUGCUGACAAGUUUCAACCCGAUGAAGAUGAAGGCGAGAACAACUUGCAGAUUGCCAUUCAACGGAUACAGAAAGGUGUCACCUAUGCCAAAUCUGUGGUGCGAAGUAAAUACAGCCGUUUCUGUCUCAGGGAUAAGAAGAAAGGAAAGGGUGAGGACAAAUCACUGGAGGAGCUACAUAAAUCUUCAGGGCCAAACGGAGUCCCCAACCAUACCAUCAAAGAAUUUACCAAGAGUGGAAAUGGGGAUGUUACUGGGGUAGACAAAAACGGAGACAAGUACAUAGUGAACAGCAUGAGUGACGACUCGAUAAUGUCUUUCAUCAACAAUCCCAGCCUGACUGUAACGGUUCCAAUCGCCUUGGGCGAGUCAGACUUUGAAAACCUGAACACUGAGGACUUCAGCAGCCUUUCGUCAGAUGCAAUAGUAUGCCGUGUGGUAAGGACGCUCCUUAAGUUCACUAAAUCGGAAACAGUCUAGCAUGUAUGAUUUAGGGAUUCAAGCAUCAGCUGUGGUUUGUGGUGGUCAUGUCUGUUGUUGUUUGAAAGUGAUAUGAUCUGUUGAAGCACUCUGUCCAUCCAAUCCACAGCAAUAAGAAAUGAGCAUGUGAUGUCUCGUUACCCCCUAAAGAUCCUGUACGUCAUGACCCUUCUGAACAUAGAGGGGCUAUAUAGACAGGAAAAUACCAGCCUGUAGAUUACAUUAUGUACCAUUUAAGUCUGAGUGCUUCAAAGCUAAAUCCUCCCCACAUAGGGACCCGGAUGCUUCUGGAUGAAGAAGAGCUUACAGUGGAAAAGAAACACUGAUUUUUUUAAAAAGUUCACACUUUUGGGUAGAUAAUUUACUUUUUAUAUUUAUGCUGCAAUUUUUUUUUAUUUACUGUAAGUUUUGAAUAGAUUUCCUAAGACUGAAUUCUAUAAGCAGGUUUGCAAUUUGUCAUACUUAAAGUUAAGACGGCUUAAAAAAAACCUUAUAACAGUUAUUUUUGAUCACCAACCUCGAUAUUUUAUUUUGGAGGGCCCAAAAGAUCCAAAAUAGGAAAACUUAUACUGUGUGAGAACAUACAUAAUAACCUGUUUCUACACAAGUUAUUGUUGUUGUUGGAACAAGUUUCUUAUGUGUGCAUUUUAAUGAUCUUUUGGGAAAAAAUAAUUUUCUCCUUCACACAAGUUGAUAUAUUGUGUAUAACAGUACGCAGUAUAACAGAUUUUACUUUUGGGUCUUUAGUGGCUUUGCAGUGGUUUUAAUUCUGCAAGUGAUUUAAUAAUCCAAUCUCUUAAUAUGUUCUAAGAACAUUAAGCAAUAUCACAUUACUUUUUCCCCUAUGAGAUAAUGUGGUUUAUUUAUUAUAUGAUUUAAUAAAUCCUUGUGUGAUUUUCAACAAAAUCCUGAGUUGAUUAUAUACCCUUGAAAAAACAAUAAAACAAUGCUCUCUAUCAGUGUAUUUCCUAACUAGGAGAACAAUCCAACCACCCACUGACUGUAGUGCUCCCAGUGUUUUCUCAGUAACAUGCUUACUUCAUUCCCUGCACUGCAUUAGCUGGUCCCAGGGCAGCGAGUGCUCCUGUAUUCUCCAGGAAGACAUUCAGUCUGUUCUCAUCUUCCAGCUAUUAGGAGACACACCCUAGAAAGCUGUGUAACAACAGGCUGAAGUAGAGACCAUGUUGAUACUGUACAUCUCUGUCAGGCCUCAAAUCUUUUGCAGCUUCUGCCCUCUUCAUUUGGCUUUGUAUUUGAAAGGACUGCAUGAAACAAGUGCUGAGCGUAUUUUGUUUGUCUCUUGCAAACAGUCAACGUAAAGGAUGGGUCAUCCUUGCUGGACUAUCAUAGUAUUCUCUCGUCUUUGCACUCCUGUUCAAGAAUACUUUAAUAACAGAUACAAACACAGAAGGAUAGUGGCUAAUUAGUAUCAGUACCUGGUUUGAGGAUCAGAAAAAAGCAGAACCAUAACUUCAACUCCUUUCAUACCUCCUAUUACCCUGGCUCUGUCAUUAUUGUCCGUCUAAUGAGAGUGUCCUAAUGUUUGGUGUGCCAUUUAGGCUGCAGGAACAGGACACGCAGAUGACAUUUGCUUAAUUUAAUCACAGCAAAAAGUGAUUAUUGAUUAAGCCAAUAUGAAUCAGACUAAAGUAGUGCUUCUUGUGAGGCCAUUCCCAUUAAAAGCCUUCAGUCAAAGCAGCAGACCUCUGCUCUGAUCAGGGAAAUGUCCAGACUUCAGCAGGGUUGGUCUGAGACCUUCUUGUUUUUGAUUGGCUUUGGUUUUACUGCUAGUUUCCAAUUGUCGCUAAGUGUUUGACUUUUUGUGUAUGAAAAAGCAUGAAAGUGUGAUGAUUGAUGUGUUAGACAUGUCUGUCCUUUAAAUUUGCUAUGGUUCUAUAAUAUUUGCUCACUGCAGACUGGUUUUGCUCUGCUCCUUCUGCAGCAAGUAGAAGAUGAUGGCCAGUUUAGCUCCUCUGAGGGCAGCACGGUAGAUGGUAUGGCAAAUGGAGAAGGAGAGUCAGUAGACUCUGAAAUGGAAGAAGCAAUGGAGCCUGAUUCUUGCUUUCCUGAAGGUACCUGUAAAACUUCUACCACCUUAGAUAAUCUUGGUGUUGAUCAGAUACGCCCUUAUAAAACUCCCUCAUUCCCCUGUCUCUGCUUAGGCUGUAUACAAAAGUACAAGUGCUGCCAAGUAAAUGUGGAAGUGGGUCGGUGGAAGAUGUGGUGGACUCUAAGAAAGACCUGUUUCCGGAUAGUGGAGCACAACUGGUUUGAGAGCUUCAUCAUCUUCAUGAUAUUGCUCAGCAGUGGAGCGCUGGUAAGUGAGUGGGAUGAAAAAAAUGUCUCCUAUUUGACUCUACUACACUCAUAUAUUUGCAAACUGUAUUCAACAUUCUCUAUUGAGCAUUUGUAUUUUUCAUCUACUCAACAUCCAGGCAUUUGAAGAUGUCUACAUUGAAAGACGGAAGACCAUCAAAGUAGUGUUAGAGUUUGCAGACAAAAUCUUCACCUACAUCUUCAUCCUGGAGAUGUUACUGAAGUGGGUGGCGUAUGGAUUUGCCAAGUAUUUCACAAAUGCCUGGUGCUGGCUGGACUUCCUUAUAGUUGAUGUAAGUAAAAUCGCUUAACCUACACAUAAAUUCAUGUGCACUUAUAUUUUGAAACAGUUUUUAAACUUCAUUUUUAUGAACCUGAUUCCAAAAAAGUUGGUACACUGUGCAAAAUAUUGAUCAAAAAAUAGAAAAUUAAUAGUUUGCAAAUCAUUUCAACCCUGUAUGUAUAUAGUCCAAAUACAACAUAUAUGUUUAACUUUUUUUGGAAAUAAAUGCUCCUUUAAAGUUGAUGCAAGCAACAUAUUUCAAAAAGUUGAGACGAGGGAAUGUUAACUAUCUUAUACCUUAAAGGGAUAAUAUCAGCGUAAGUUUAAGUCAUCAUCAAACACACCGUAACACCCCCUUGAGAGAUGAAUGUUGCCGACCGCUUGCUUCUCUAGUUACACCAACUUUAGCAAAGACUGCAAAAUAGCAAUACACAGCAGUCUUUGUCUCCAUGUGCAAUUACUGCAAUCACAGAGUGCAGCAGAAAAUUUAUGAUCAUUUCUUCAUGGAAAUACAAUCAGACCGAGACACUAAUGCAGAAGAACUACUGCGUCUGCAUUGCAAAAUGAUUGAUAUGAUGAUUAUAGUAUUAUGGCUGGGACCGUAUAUGUACUGUUGGUGAAGUUACAUGCUGUUCUGAGCAUUAUUUGUGACUAUAGAGUGGCUUUUUGUUGAGGUUUGCGUCUGGAGAUGUGGACCGCGGUGUAUUGCUAUUGUGCAGUCAUUGCUAAAGUGGGGGGGGGGGGGGGCGUCUAACUCACUAUUACAGUGUGUUUGACCUUACACCGUAAUAUCCCUUUAAAAACAACUUUCUUGAGCUUUGGUAAAAUGUUGUUAUAUUUGUGCCUCAUGUAGGAUUUCAGCCACUUCAAAGUUCACACAACACGCAUGGAUAUGACCGCAUCUUUUUCAUAAAACAGUAAAAUUUUCCAGUUUCACCAUCUGAUAUGUUGUCUUUGCACUAUUUUAAUACUGUUUGCAGUAUUAAUUCUGUAUUAUUUAAUACUGAACUUCAAAUGUUUUUCAACCCAUCAGUUUGUGUUCUUUUCAACACUUUAUGCAGCAUCCAAACUUCAUGGGGUUGUGUUGUAAAUUUAAGGACUGAUCAAAAUAGUUUCUCGGGGUAUUAUGCUUCCUCGCUCACGCCCCUAUCUAUCUAUGUUUGAUUGUGAUUUAGGUCUCACUCGUCAGUUUGGUGGCGAACUCCAUGAACUAUUCUGAUCUUGGUCCCAUCAAGUCUCUGAGAACCCUGCGAGCUCUGAGACCCCUUAGAGCUCUAUCACGGUUCGAAGGCAUGAGGGUAAGAAUCUCAAUCACUGAGUGCUGUCUUACACUGUUUACCAUAAUGUGAAGGGAACAGCCAUGCUGCUGUCAAAAAAGCUUGUAGACUGUUGAGUUGAUACCCCAGAAAUUGUUGCAUGUACAUGAAGCAUUCCUUCUCUUCCCCAAUACUCUUCUCCAGCUGUUACUUUGGGCUUUGCAUUUUUAAUGACGAGUCUCUUUUAAUUUAUUAUCCUUAUUAUUAAUAACAUAGAGUCACAUUUUAGGGAAAAUCCUCAUGCACUUUCCAAGUGUUUGAUAAAAGACUGUUCACUCUUCAAAUCUGUUCAUUGCUAGUGUAACAGGGUAAAAAACAGAUCUGUCUUUAAGGUAAAGAAAGUUUCACUACUUAACCCCUAAAAAGUGUACAGAAACAACUGGCCUUGUCUCACAUGUUAAAUCCCACAAAGCAAAGUGCUGAGGCAAGAGAGUGAGUUUUUCUGUCUGAGUGACCCAGUGUUCAUUUUUUUACUUCCAGCACCUACACUGUGUAGAAAUCAGCUGUACUUGCAGCCCUGGGUGUGUUAGCAUUUGGUGGAGCAUUGCUAGAAUGAAUGUGCCAUAGAUUAACAAAGACCUGGUCUAAAGUCAAUGGCACAGUAAUUUCCUGCUAUUUAAAGGUCACAUCAUUAAAAUAGAAAGAUGAACUAGCUAAGUCUGGUCCACAUCACACUUCCACUUAGCUUGCCAUGCACACAUGUUUAAAAUCGGUGCAUCUUCUGAUAGUCAACUUUACACUGAUUGUACAGAGGACUAGGAUACAUGAGGACCUGCUUCCUAGUGCCUCCUCUUUGGCUUGCUCCACCCCAGGUAGAUUCCAGCUCAAGCUCUGCAGUCUGCACAUGCCAAAGCUCUAACCCUCGUAUGAACUUUCUUUUGGGCUUUCUCUUUUAUCUGCAGAAAAACACAGACACAUUCAAAAAUCAAGUGCUAGUGGUGCUCCAACAGAUUAACUCCCCAAUCAGGCCAUAUUUAUGCAUUUCAAGAAAACAGUACUAUAAGAAUUGAAAUGGCAAAUACAAAUGAUCCCAGACAGAGCUACACAGUUACACAGAAACUGCAUAUUGCUUACUUGGGAUGAUAGAAAGACUGUUUAAACCUUCCUUGCACAAGAAGACCCCUCAAGACAGACCGGAUCUGCAUCUGGUGCAACUAUUAUUUCAGAUUUUAGGGUACUUUUCCCUGCAGAGAAUCUGCCUGUUAUAAUAUUUAUCUAGUCGCCAGAGGUUUUACAAAAGUAAAGCCAGUAUACUCCUUGAAGUGUGUGCUGAGGUAUUACCCCAGUGACAGUCUUGGAGCCAGCAUCACGAGCACUGACUAAAGAUGUCUCAGGUUGGCACAGCCUGCUGUAACAGAUGCUCAAAGCUUUGGAAAAUUCACUAACUCUUCUAAGGGUUUUACAUUUAGAUUUAGUCGUCCUACCCUGAUCUGCUAAUAUGGUGCAUGGAUAGACCCAGGAGCCACAUUCCUAACAGAGCUGUCAAUCAUGUUGCACAACUUCUAUAAAUUGAGUACUUUGACAUGAAUCAGCAUCGUCAUUUUCUUGUCUUUAUGCUUGACUAAGACAAUUAAACCCCAGGUCCAGAUUCAUAAUUCACUGACUAAACUGCCCCUUUCAUUUGAAACAUGAAAGUGCAAGAGCUUUUUUCCAUAUUUUCAAACUUUUCUACUGUGUUUUUCUUUACAUAAAUAGAAUCACGUUUCUUAUAUAUAGUGUUUUCCUUGUGCAAUGUGGGCAUGGUUAAAACACGGUUUGAUGGCUUACAUAACUGCGAGGGGAGCAUUGCCGGCUGCUAAAAAUCAAUGUAGCAUGUAUUGAUUAGUCACUUUCAUGUUGUGGUGGUCUAGAUUUACUGCACUGUGAAGAUGAUGUCUUUCCUCACGUGGUAGCCAGUGUGUGUUCCCUCAUUUGCAUGUGUAUUUUUAGUACCGCAGUAGUUUCCUGUUCAAUUUCACUGUGUUUGAUAUUGUUUUCUGGGUUCUUUAACAUGAUCUCUUCAUGUUUUAUUUAUGUUUCUGUUUACAGUAAGCAAAAUUUGUGGUGUCAUCCCGCCUCUACAAGGUGUUCUGUUUCAAUGACUUUUUUUUAAAGCAUACUCUUAGACAAAUUUCACUUUUUCCUUGCCUCUUUUCCCAAUUCUUUUCCUUACCCAUGCAAUUAUAUAUGUGUUUGAGCUCUGGUGUUAGUCAUAGCUGUGUGGAGUUUAUGGCUCUUAAACAUUUACUCUUGUGUUUUCCUGUUCUUACCAUCGCCACAGUGUACAGUGUUUUCCGUGGUUUCUACGGUCAGUGUUCUCUUCCUGUUGUAAAGAUGGGUCAUGUUUUUGAUGUGUUGGUGUGUAGGUGGUCGUCAACGCCCUGCUGGGAGCCAUUCCUUCCAUUUUCAAUGUGCUGCUGGUUUGUCUCAUCUUCUGGCUCAUCUUCAGCAUCAUGGGAGUCAAUCUAUUUGCUGGGAAGUUCUACCGUUGUGUCAAUACAACUACAGAUGAACUUUUCCCCACAUCAAUUGUGAAAAAUGAGUCAGACUGUCGUAGGCAGCCCGAUAGUCGCUGGAAGAACGUCAAAGUCAACUUUGACAAUGUUGGCUUUGGCUACCUUGCACUGCUUCAAGUGGUAAGUGACUGAAAAAUAUGCUGUACAAUGUGUAUCACGUUUUGGUAAAAAAUGGAGGCAAGGUUGGAAAGAUUAAUUGGUAUCUUGAUUUUACUUAAAUUUGUGUACAGGCCACAUUCAAGGGUUGGAUGGACAUCAUGUAUGCUGCUGUGGACUCUCAAAGCAAGGUGAUCAAAUAUUCAUGAUCUACUCAUCCUGGUUGUCACUUUUUAGUAUCUAUUUUUGGGCUACUUGAUUAUGGCACAUUUUUUUACUUAUUUAUUUUUGAUGAUAAUACUGUUGCGUUUAAAUGUGAGGCUGUUAUUGAUAUUGGAGUAUUUUUUUACGCUGUCAUUAAAUAGUGAGGUAUCUGAUCCCCCCAACUUAUAUCUAUAUGUUACAAACCUAUGUCAUUUACUGCUAGCCCAUCAUAUGUUGCUCAUAUUGUCGCCACAGCCUCUCUCCUCAUGCUCACUAUGUCCCUCUACUUUGCUAACACACAUCUGCACCUCCUGCUCCUCUCACUCUUUAUGCCUGGAAGAUUGGAAAUUUCAGAACUUAAAAAAAAUGUUCUGUUUUGAUCGGACACAAUAUAAACUAUAAUAAUAUCAAUUAUUUGAACUUCUUUUCUCCUCUCUAUCUGACAUCAUGAACAAUUACAACCGUAACAUAUUGAUUUCUGUGUUUUCUGUCUUUAUUACAGGGAGAACAGCCUGAGUAUGAGAUCAAUCUGAAAAUGUACUGGUAUUUUGUUGUUUUCAUCAUAUUUGGAGCCUUCUUCACACUCAACCUCUUCAUUGGUGUCAUCAUAGACAAUUUCAAUCAACAAAAGAGAAAGAUAAGUACCAAAUCUGUUGUUUAAUCAAAGUUUUUAUAUUUUCCUUUCAGAGUUUUGAAGUUGGGCUAAUGUAUAAAUGCUUUUUAUAAGGGCCCUGUGAAAUUUUUACACCCAGUAACCUCACCACACUUUGAACAAUCAGUUGAGCUUGAAUCAGUGUUAGGCACAUUGGGCAUUAGUCUUUAUUCAAUCUGAGAUUAUUUGGGUGUACAUGACUCAGUGUAUGUGUUUUCUGAGUAUUCAGGAGCAUAACAGAUGUACAGAAGUUAAAUUAACCGGCUCAUGCCCGGUCUGUUUGAGUAGAAAGUCUAAAAUCAGCUGCAACAUCCCUGCCUGCAGGCCAACCUGGCUGUCAAGAGGGAUGAGAGAAGACUUUUUGAAUUUUUUUUGAUAACAUUAUGCCUAUAAGACAUAUUUGAAUGAUGAAGAGGCAGAGUCUAACCUCACUAGCAAAUUCAGUCCAACACGCAGUCUGUGCCAAACACUUUAGACAAUGCAUUUAAGAUCAUUUAGAUCAGGGGUCGGCAACCCGCGGCUCUGGAGCCGCAUGCCGCUCUUUCCUCCCUAAGCUGUGGCUCCCAGUGGAUUUGGAAAAUAAAUAAUAAAUACUUAAUUGCAUUUUAUUUUAUUUUAUUAUUAUUAUUUUUUUUUUGUAAUUCUAAAUUCAAAGAUUAUAAUGCUCUUGUAACAUUAAAUAAACUAUUAAGGCUGCAACAACGAAUCGAUUAAGCAGAUUCGUCGUGACGAAAAAAUCCGUUGCCAACAAAUUCUGUAAUCGAUUCGUCGGGUCUUUAUAUAUGUCCAUGGACACCGGCGUGUAAACAUCAGCAGGACGCACAGAAAAGAAACAGCCAUGGCCGAGGCAGCGGCUGAGAAAAACAUGGACACAACCCAACCCAAAUCCCGACCUAAAACACCAGUGGUGUGGGAAAACUUCACCAAGACUGAAAAGGAAGGCGUUCAGUGCAACAUUUGCAAAGACCGUUUUGCAUGGCUCGGGAGUGCAUCGAUGAUGCGUGAGCACAGGGCUCUCAAGUCUCACGCAUUCAGCGUAUGACACACGCAUUCCCACUCGUUCACACACCACACAUUGUAUUUCUCACGCAUUUAAAUGAACACGGUGAUGUCCACCAAGUUGCACUUCUUCAACUAUGGAACUGGGGGAAAUCAACUGAGUUCCUCCGAGAGUUCAGAAGCUGCGUGCCACGCACAAGCCAAUCAAAUAAAGUAUAUCUACUGAACAGCCAAUCAAAAAGCAGCAUUGCUGUAUCCGGGUAGAUUUUGAUAUCUUGCGGUUUAACUACAGAAGAAGACAGACACUCGCCGAAAUAGUUCAUUUAUUUCAUAAAUGCAACUCGCUACAGUUUUUUAUAUACUUUGUAUAAAGGAAAAAAAAAAAAGAUAUAUGCAAUGUUAUCUUCAUUUUAGAUGUCAAAGAGGUUUUGUGGCUCCCUGUGUUUUCUUUUCUGUGGGAAACUGGUCCAAGUGGCUCUUUGAGUGUUUAAGGUUGCCGACCCCUGAUUUAGAUAAAGCCCUUUGUAAUUUUGAGGUUUAGUCUCAUCACUUUCCUGUGAUUUAACUUGUCUUGCCUUCCCUCUUUACUUAGGAGGUCAAGAUAUCUUCAUGACUGAAGAGCAGAAGAAAUACUACAACGCCAUGAAAAAACUGGGGUCCAAAAAACCACAAAAACCUAUUCCUAGACCAUCAGUGAGUGAUUUUAAACACAGUGUUGUUUCUUUGUCUGCAUUACAGAUGUGGUCUUUUUAUUACAGCACCUAAUGUUAAUUUUUGUGUCUAUUUCAGAACAAAAUUCAAGGAUUCAUCUUUGACAUAACUACAAAACAGGCAUUUGAUAUAGUCAUUAUGGUCCUAAUAGUGUUAAAUAUGGUGGCCAUGAUGGUGGAAACUGCUGAUCAGUCAGACCAAAAGAAAGCUGUUCUCAGGGUGAUUAACAUAAUAUUCAUCGUCAUCUUCACCGGAGAAUGUUUGCUGAAGAUGAUCUCACUUCGCCAUUACUUUUUCACAAAUGGUUGGAAUAUAUUUGACUUCAUUGUGGUCAUCCUGUCAAUCCUUGGUAUGACUUGCUUUGUUUCACUGUUACACUCAAAUAUACAGUUUAUCAACCAUUCAGUCAGUAUAUGUGUGUGAGGUGUAGUUUUUAACAUGUUUGCUUUCUGUCCUUAGGCACAUUUCUCUCAGACAUAAUAGAGGAUUACUUCGUCUCACCUACCUUGUUCAGAGUCAUCCGACUGGCUCGGAUCGGCCGUAUCCUCCGCCUUAUUAAAAGUGCCAAAGGCAUCCGCACACUACUGUUUGCCUUGAUGAUGUCACUUCCUGCCUUGUUCAACAUUGGCCUCUUGCUCUUCCUUGUGAUGUUUAUCUAUGCCAUUUUCGGCAUGUCAAACUUUGCUUAUGUCAAGAGGGAAAAAGGCAUUGACGAUCUAUUCAACUUUGAGACUUUUGGCAACAGCAUGAUCUGUUUGUUCCAGAUCACCACCUCAGCAGGGUGGGACGGUCUUCUGGAUCCAAUUCUUAACAAAAAUGAUGAUUGUAACAAUUCCACGGAACACCCUGGCAGUUCUGUCGUAGGAGACUGUGGAAACCCACCUGUGGGAAUUGCCUUUUUUGUGAGCUACAUUAUCAUCUGUUUCCUCAUUGUGGUGAACAUGUACAUUGCAGUCAUCCUGGAAAACUUUGGUGUGGCAACUGAGGAGAGUGCGGACCCCCUAAGUGAGGAUGAUUUUGAAAUGUUUUAUGAGGUCUGGGAAAGGUUUGAUCCUCAUGCCACGCAGUUCAUAGAAUACAAGAAGUUGGCAGAGUUCGCAGAUGCUCUGGAGCCACCGCUGCGCAUAGCCAUGCCUAAUCAUCUGGAACUGAUCUCGAUGGAUCUACCCAUGGUGAGCGGUGAACGCAUCCACUGCCUAGACAUUCUGUUUGCAUUCACAAAGCGAGUUCUGGGCGAGGGUGGGGAGAUGGACAUCCUACGAGCACAGAUGGAGGAGCGCUUCAUGGCCUCUAACCCUUCCAAAGUGUCGUACGAACCCAUCACCACCACCCUCCGACGCAAGCAGGAGGACAUGUCAGCUACUGUCAUCCAGAGAGCAUACAGACAGUAUGCAGCCAGCAAAACUACUGCCAUUAUGCCCCCUGACACAUCCAGUAAUAACCUUAAAAAGGAUGAAACAAUCAUUGACAAUGAAGAUCGUGUCUGUGACAACCUCAAAAAAAAUUCUAGCAUUGAUAGAGGUGAACUGACGCCUCCGACUGCCCCUCAGCAUGCAUGUAACAAUGUGACAACGAAUGGAAACAACAAAUAUGAGAAAGACAAAAGUGAAAAAGAGGAUAUGGACAAAGAUGUCAGGGAGCAAGAUAUGUAA